UUUCUGCCUCACUUUCCUCCCAAAACCCUUCGCUUUGUUCAAUUUCUUUGCCCUUCUUUCUCUUCGGCCAAUAUUGAAACAGUGAUUUCCGAGACAAUUUAACAGAAUGGGUGACAAGAAGAAAAAGACUUUUAUGUUUAUCCGGCUUGUCUCGGCUGCUGGGACUGGGUUCUUCUAUGUGAAGAGGAAAAGUGCUAAGAAAGUGGCAGAGAAACUUGAGUUUCGCAAGUAUGAUCCUCGGGUAAAUCGCCAUGUUCUUUUCACAGAACAAAAAAUGAAAUAAGGAACCUAUUAUGUAUCAGCUGUUCUGUUUUCCAUCAAUUUUUAAAUCAAAGUGCAAGUGCUGUUUCUUGUCGACAAUAUCAGAUUAUGUCAGCUUGAAUAAAGUGCGUCUGUCUUUAUUUGUA